CGGGUACGGUCGGAACUAACGGGACUUCAACGGCGUGACGCCUCCAGUGCGAAUUGUUUUUCCGGCUAACCGAGCCAAGAAAUCUGCGGAAAGCCAACCCAAAAACCAACCGCAAUCGGAAUAAAUCAGUUCGGUUCGAUUCGAGUGUGCAGAAAUGAAAUAGUGUAAAAUUUAAACCGGUCAAGGGAUAAUGCCAAACUGAUUGAGUGGAAAAGUGCGUUUAGAGGCCAGGCUAAUUUGUGAUUCAACCAGCCAUUGCGAAACAAUUUAAAUCAAAUUCAUGCAUAAAUAAUUCGCGCGAAAGAACUAAAAUGCGCGCAGUGCCAAGUGUGAAAGAGUUCUGAGCCAUAAAGUAGGCAACCUCGUGCGCGCCUCCAUCCAGGACCCCAGCAGCCCACCACCUCUUGCAUAUACUCUACUUCUUUCCUGCCAGCUCGAGGGCUGGGCCACCAUGAGCAUGAGCCGGCCCUGCAGCCGCUCGCUCGUCCUGCCGCUGUGCCUGCUCGUCGUCCUGUCCGCGCUGAAUGGCCAAGCGGCAGCGGCAUCCCGCGUCCGUGUCAGCUCCUCGACGACAAUGACGCGUAACAUUGAGGAGGAGAACGCUUUGCUUUUGCUUCUAGCUGGUCCUCCCGUGCUAUCCGAGUCCAUAAUGGGCACAGUCGGCCGACUGCCCUGCAACGUCACCCCGCCCAUCUACGAGGAUCGUGUGGCGUUGGUCAUCUGGUACAAGGUCGGCCUAAAGACGCCCAUUUACAGUGUGGAUACACGCGACUCCAACUUCGCCCAGGGCACGCACUGGUCGGAUGAGACCUAUCGGGAGCGGCUCUCCUUCUACGUGGAGGGACGUGCCGGCACGCUGACCAUCAAGUCAACCACCGAGGACGACACGGGCGAGUAUCGCUGCCGCGUCGACUUCCAGAAGAGUCCGACGCGUAACUCCAAAGUGAAUUUAACUGUCAUAAUUCCGCCCGAAUCCGUGAUUAUAUUGGACAGCAAGGGGGCCACCAUCAAGGAUCACACACUGGGGCCCUACAACGAGGGCUCCGGCAUCAACAUCACGUGCGUGGCCAUCGGCGGUCGCCCGCAGCCAAGGGUCACCUGGCUGCACGGGAACACCGUCUACAAGGACGCCAGCGUGGGCCAACCCCUCUCCGAGCGCCGUGUGGCCAAUGUGCUGUCCCUGCCUCGGCUGGAGCGUCGGAAUCUCCACAUGCAGCUAACGUGCCGGGCGGAGAACAAUAAUUUGACAACGCCAAUUAUCAGCAGCGUCGUCCUCGACAUGAACCUGCGUCCUUUGAUUGUCAAGCUGCAGGGGGAGAAUCGACCACUGUCGGCGGGGAAUUCUUAUCAGCUCAGCUGCGUUGUCAUCGGAGCACGUCCAGCGCCGACGAUUACCUGGUGGAAGGGCAGUACCCCCAUGAAGAAUACUCAUGAGAUUGCGAAUCCGGACGGGAAUAUGACCACCUCGGUGCUGACAUUCACGCCAACCAUCGAUGACCGCGGCAAGUUCCUGUCCUGCCGCGCCGAGCAGAGCAUGAUACCCGAGUCUGGCAUGGAGGAUGGCUGGAAAUUGGACAUCUAUCAUAUACCGGUGGUGAGUCUGGAGCUGGGAACCAAUUCCCUUAACUCGACGUUGCGCGAGGGCAUCGAUGUGUUCUUCGAGUGCAACAUAAAAUCGAAUCCGUGGAUAUACAAAGUUAGCUGGCGGCACAAUGGCGAAAUUCUGGCCAACAAUCCCGCCGAGGGCAUCGCCGUGUCCAACCAGAGUCUGGUGCUGCAGAACGCCAGCCGGGCGAGGAGCGGCAUCUACACCUGUGUGGGCAGCAACCGGGAGGGCGACGGUGAGAGCAAUCCCGUCCAGCUGGACAUACGAUUUGCGCCCGUGUGCCGACCUAUUCAAAAGACCACUUACAGCUCGGGCAGGCAUGAAACCGUUAAGGUAGCCUGUGAAAUUGAUGCCAAUCCCGCGGAGACCACCUUCGUCUGGAAAUUCAAUGCAACGCAGGGCGAAACGGUGGACAUACCUGCCUCGCAGGUGGCCGUGGAUCGGGGCCGCAGUAUUGCCCACUACACACCGAUGACGGAGAAUGACUACGGAACGCUGCUCUGCUGGGCCACCAACGAAAUUGGCGAUCAAAGUGAACCCUGCGUAUACACAAUAACCCCGUCAGGCGAGCCGGAUCCGCUGCUGAACUGCACGGUGCUCAACCAGACAUCGACGGGCUUCCAAAUCGAAUGCAUCGAGGGCUUUGACGGCGGCCUGCAGCAGGACUUUAUAAUGGAGGUUUACAUGAAUGGAACGACACGCAAUCCCAAAAUUUCCAAAUCAAAGCGACCAUACUUUGAGGUGAGCGGCCUGGUGCCAGGACUGGGCUACAAUGUCUUCCUCAUCGCCCAGAACGGCAAGGGCCGUAGCAACGCCACCAUUUUGCAGGUCUACACGCUGAAGGAUCCGGAGAAGCAGACGGUUAAAAUAACAUUCACUAAGUCCUAUCAGAGAUUCAGGCCGGCCUUGCCCAAGCCCAAGGCGACGGCCACCACGACAAGCGACUGCAUUUGUGAUGAGGAUGAGUUUCUGAACCUGGGCAAGGGGAUAAGCCACGACGAGGGCAAGGACGUUGUCCAGCAAGAAGACCUCUCCCUGGCCUAUGCGCCCGUCAUCGAGGACAUCCGGCCAUUCCUCGGCAUUCUGGCCGGCAUCGUGGGCAGCGUUUUCCUGGUGGCCCUCAUCAUUGUGAUUGUGGUGCGUGUGCGCGGCUCCUCGGGGCGCGAUCGCAAUAAUUACUCGCAUCCGGGCAGCGGCGUCGUCGGCGUGUCCGGCGCCACCGGCACCGGCUCCGGGUGCGGCGGGGGUGGCGGCGUGGGCGGCACCACGGCCAAUGGCAACGGCAGUCUGGGCCUGCUGGCCAGCAAUAACAAUGGCAGCCUGGUCAUUGGCACACUGGGCCACAAUGGCGGGCAAUCAGUGCAGGACAUGCAUCGCAUCGGCCGGGAGACGUGCCAUGUGACGAGCAGUCUGGAUAGCAUCGACAAGAACCCGGACAUCAUACCGCAAGGUGGGUUGGAUGGCCACGACGUGGACGAUGAGUGGACGACGAAGGGUCAUGGCCGGGCCUACGCCACAGCGGCGCUGGCCGAGCAGAAUGCCGUGAUUAACUCCGGCACCUAUGAUCACCUGAUGCCCACGUACGCCGUGGUGGACAAGAAGACGGGCCCGCCCCCGGGCCACGGUCCCUACAUCCAGUACAACACGCUUAUCCCCGUUAGCAAAAUGGGCGCUUACGCCAAUCAACAGCAGCAGCAGCAGCAGCUCCAUCAUCAGCAGCAGCAGCCGCAGGCGCCGCAACAGAAGACUGAGCUCAGCUAUAGUGAACUAUCUGCCCCGCUGGUGGGUAGUGCCGUGGGCGUUCAAAGAAUGGCCCCCUAUUGCAGCGCGACCUUGGGACGGCCGGGCAGACAGGCGGAACUGAAGCGGGCCGAGCCGAACAUCUACUCGCAGAUCGAUCUGGCCCAUCAUCCCAUGCCCAUGUACUCGACCAGCCCGAUGUUUGGCACAAACACCACCAUCACCGGAGUCACCAUGUCACAUCCAUCACAAUUGGCCACCUUCUCGCCGACGCCGCCGCCGCCCAUCUUUGCCCAUAGCGUGGUGACCACCGGCGAUGGCCUCCUGCAGCCUGUGACGUGCAUGGGACUGGUGGCAACAUCUUCGGCAACGGCCUCGGGCCCAAUGCCAAUCCCCCAGCAGCAACAGCAACAGCAACAGCAGCAGCAACAGCAGCAGCUGACGGCGGCCAAUGGCGGAAACGGAAGCAUCGUCGGCAUGGGCAUGAGCCUUUAUGGCAGCGAUGUGGGCAAGCCACAGCUGCUGAAGACCGUUCCCGAGGAGCUGCACCAUCAGCUGAACGGCGAGGAUGUCCUGAUCGCCCAGGAUCGCAGUCUCGGAGUCGGAACACGCUUCUGACGCUAAGCUCGCGGCCAGGAGGAGGAACUAAUCUGAAGUCAGAGCCAAACAGGAAAUGCAAAUCAAAAGAGCGUACUAUGGAGAGCCAGAGAGAAAUCGGGGAAUAAUUGGUAAACAAAUUGACUAUAAGUUGUAUGUGAUGAGGGCAGAGCAGGAAGCCAGCUAACUUGGAGUUGAUUUUAAAGGAGCUGAGCUGCGCGGAAAGAGCAACCUUAGUUGGCACUUUUUUAAACAAAUCAAAGAACAUUAUAUGAGAUGGGAUGUAACCUGUAAAAAGAUAACAAUAAACCGUGCUUGCCAAGGAUUCGAAGCGAAUGCAAAGCUCGGCAUUGAAAUGAAAUUCCACUAGGCCUAAGCAGACAUGUGUAAAUUAUGGAAUACAAUUAACAUGGAUAGCUAUAAUUACGACUAACAUUAAAGCGAGGACACUGAAUUGUUAAUAUAUUUUUAAACAACAGCUUUAAGCGCCAAAAGAGAUGGAAAACUUUUAGCUAUGUAAACGAAUUCAUAAUUGUUGUUGACCUUAGUUCGAGUGACCUAACUCCCAUUACCAUUUAGCUUGUAACCUAGGCUUAACUACGGCAUUUACCACAUCUAAAUCAAAUUCAUCUAGCUGUAAGCUCAAACUUAGCAUAGUUCAAAUUGUAAUUAAAAAUCAUAAAGAAUUUAAACCAACCCUAACCCUAAGCCAACUAAAUAAUGAACGAUUAAUAAACGACUCUAAUUAGCAGGCCACGGUUUGCAUUUUAUACGUAAAGAAAAGGUAUGAGAAGUGGAAAUCCAAAGAGGUUGGCCGAUUAACCCGGAAAACCCAGGAGAAAAUGAACUCUAGCUUAAGACAGCUUAAGCAUAAAAUGAAUAAAAUAAAAGUCUAAGGAACUGCAUGUAAAAUAUUUAA